CCGGGGACGGAGGGGUUAACUCGGGGCUCUUCCCGGCGCGGAGGGAUCCGGAGGCGAGCCGAGCGCGGUGCUGAGGCCGCCUCAGCGAAAAAAAUGUCCGCCUGAGGAGACCCACAAGUUCUAUUCGGGGGGACUGCCAGCCCGCCCCGGGAGGAAGGGGCGGCCAGGCCCGAGAGCCGCCUCCCCGGUCCGGACCUGAGAGCUCGCGCGGGGCAAAGUGAACUGAGCUGCCGGGCAGUGCCAGAGGAAGCCCGAACCCGCUCUCCCGGCCAAAGUGAACUUUAAUCGGGGUGGUUGGAUGCGGAGACGGGGCGGCAGGACCUGCUAGAAGUGGCCGAAGAUGAAUCCCCAGCAACAGCGCAUGGCCGCUAUAGGGACCGACAAGGAGCUGAGCGACCUGCUGGACUUCAGUGCGAUGUUUUCCCCACCUGUUAAUAGUGGGAAAACUAGACCAACGACACUGGGAAGCAGUCAGUUCAGUGGAUCAGGUAUGGAUGAACGAGGAGGUACAACAUCUUGGGGAGCAAGUGGUCAACCAAGCCCCUCAUAUGAUUCAUCUAGAGGUUUUACAGACAGCCCUCAUUACAGUGAUCACUUGAAUGACAGUCGAUUAGGGGCCCACGAAGGCUUGUCCCCAACACCUUUCAUGAACUCAAAUCUGAUGGGAAAAACGUCAGAGAGAGGCUCGUUUUCUCUGUACAGCAGGGACACUGGAUUACCAGGCUGUCAAUCUAGUCUCCUGAGACAAGAUCUAGGGCUUGGAAGCCCAGCACAGCUAUCUUCUUCAGGAAAACCUGGGACACCAUACUACUCAUUCUCAGCCACAAGUUCCAGGAGAAGGCCACUCCAUGACUCUGCAGCACUUGAUCCUUUGCAAGCAAAGAAAGUCAGAAAGGUGCCUCCUGGUUUGCCUUCUUCUGUAUAUGCACCAUCCCCAAAUUCAGAUGACUUCAAUCGUGAAUCUCCUAGUUAUCCAUCUCCUAAGCCACCAACCAGUAUGUUUGCUAGCACUUUCUUUAUGCAAGAUGGGACCCACAAUUCUUCUGACCUUUGGAGUUCAUCAAAUGGGAUGAGCCAGCCUGGUUUUGGUGGAAUUCUGGGGACCUCCACUUCUCACCUGUCUCAGUCCAGUAGUUACGGCAGCCUUCAUUCACAUGACCGCUUGAGUUACCCUCCACAUUCAGUUUCACCAACAGACAUAAACACAAGUCUUCCACCUAUGUCCAGCUUCCAUCGUGGAGGUACCAGCAGCUCACCUUAUGUUGCUGCCUCACAUACCCCUCCCAUCAAUGGAUCAGACAGCAUUCUUGGAACCAGAGGGAAUGCUGCUGGAAGCUCACAGACAGGUGAUGCACUUGGAAAGGCCUUGGCUUCUAUUUAUUCUCCUGACCAUACCAGCAGUAGUUUCCCAUCAAACCCAUCAACACCAGUUGGAUCACCUUCACCUCUCACAGGUACCAGUCAGUGGCCCAGACCUGGAGGGCAAGCUCCUUCAUCCCCAAGCUAUGAAAAUUCACUCCACUCCCUGAAAAAUCGAGUUGAGCAGCAACUUCACGAGCAUUUGCAAGAUGCAAUGUCCUUCUUAAAGGAUGUCUGUGAGCAGUCUCGAAUGGAGGAUCGUUUAGACAGGCUGGAUGAUGCUAUCCACGUGCUGCGGAACCAUGCUGUGGGACCUUCCACCAGUUUGCCCGCUGGUCACAGUGAUAUACACAGUUUAUUGGGACCAUCCCAUAAUGCACCAAUUGGAAGCCUCAAUUCAAACUAUGGAGGAUCAAGCCUUGUUACAAGCAGUCGAUCAGCCUCAAUGGUUGGAACUCAUCGAGAAGAUUCUGUCAGUCUCAAUGGCAAUCAUUCAGUCUUGUCUAGUACUGUUACUGCCUCAAACACAGACCUGAACCACAAAACACAAGAAAAUUAUAGAGGUGGCUUGCAAAGUCAGUCUGGAACUGUUGUUCCCACAGAAAUCAAGACUGAAAACAAAGAGAAGGAUGAAAAUCUUCAUGAACCUCCUUCAUCAGAUGACAUGAAAUCAGAUGAUGAAUCCUCACAAAAAGAUAUCAAGGUCUCAUCUAGAGGCAGAACAAGCAGUACUAAUGAAGAUGAAGAUUUGAACCCAGAACAGAAGAUAGAAAGGGAGAAGGAAAGGCGGAUGGCUAAUAAUGCCAGAGAACGCUUACGUGUACGGGAUAUUAAUGAGGCAUUCAAAGAGCUUGGCAGAAUGUGUCAGCUUCAUUUGAAGAGUGAAAAACCCCAAACAAAACUCCUUAUUCUUCAUCAGGCCGUGGCAGUCAUCCUUAGUCUAGAACAGCAAGUCAGAGAGAGGAACCUUAACCCCAAAGCAGCCUGCCUUAAGAGAAGGGAAGAAGAAAAAGUUUCUGCCGUAUCGGCAGAGCCGCCAACCACACUGCCAGGAACCCAUCCUGGGCUUAGCGAAACUACCAACCCUAUGGGUCAUAUGUAAACAUCAGCCAGUUCCAGAGUUAUCAGUAGGCUAGAUAGAAGGUGACCUCUCCUCAUAAGGACUUGGACAACUCAGAUUAUCUGAAGACACAAACCUGACAGGAGGGAGAAGAAAAAGCAAAACACUUGAAGCAAGAAACUCAAAGGUAAUCCUACGAUCAAAGCAACUGGUCAACACUUCCAUCAGAAGUGAAGCUUGGAAGCUCAUCAGAUGGAACGCCAGCCCAUGAGAUGCUUGCAGCAUAUCAUUUUGCUGCAAGCAGUGUGUCGCUUCUGCACAAUCAGAGACUGUCUCGAUCUCUCCACUCACCGUGGAAGUUGCCUUGUGCCUAAACUGAAUUGACAAAUGCAUUGUAACUACAAAUUUUAUUUAUUGUUAUGGAACUGUAAGGUCUACAUAUAAAGGGAAAAAGUUAAUGUGGAAAGCUGAUCUACACUCAGCUGAUGCCAGCAUUCGUUAAAGCUGUUCACAUGCAGAGAACAAAGCAGUGACAACCAUUGGCCCUUAGCAUUCCCGGCAUACCUAUUAGUGUCUUAAAAAGGAGGGGAAAAGUCUUUUGUUGCCCUCUCCUAUCCUUUUGCCAUAUGAAUAGUGUUUUCCAUGAUAUAGGAAAAUAUUACUUGGUAUAGCAUUUCUCUCUCAUUUUUUUCAUUCAUUUUUAUUUUCUCUUUGUGGGUGUUAUAUUUGAUCUCUGAAUCUGAAUAGUUUGUGGUCACAGUCCAGAAUCCUCCCUGGAGCCCUAUGUGCUUUGCACAUUUACCUUACAGUGGUAAGCAGAGACCAUCUGUGACCAUAGCCUAGCUAAGAUUUUAAAGGGGGAAAUCUUGUCCCCUACAUUUUCCUCCAAAUAAACAUUGCUUUAUUUCUAAUAAUAACCAAGACUUUUCAAGCUUCUAGGUUUCAUAGUAAAGCUUGUAAAAGCAAGAAGUGUAAAUUACAAGGGAAGAAUCUGCUUUUUAGAAAUUGCUUUGUUUUCCAAGCAGUAAGUACUGCAUACAGUACUUGUGAAGUGUUAGCUGUAAGUAAGCACAAAAUCCACUUAAAAUACAAAGACGAAUUUUCAGGCUGUGAUUAUGGUGAACCUAACAAAACCUGGUAGUCACCAAGGCAGGUAGUGUGAUAAAUGAACACACCAUUCUGAGGCUAAUUACCUAAUGGAAUACAAGAGCAAUGGUCACCCAUGUAUGCUUAUGCUAGCCUUUCUUUCUCUGUCAUUUGGAUGGCUGGUCAGUCAGUGAGGAGGAAUCCAGUGGGUGAUUUAAUCGACUGCAAACCAUCUGCCCCUGUCCCAAGAAGAUGAGCCAGAUUAGCAUUAAACCAGUACUGGUCAGUCCAUCUUAGCACUGUGCGUUAAGGCACCCUCUGUCUCUAAUCCUUCAGAGUUGUUUGUAAGACACAGUAAUCACUUUGAACUUCCAUGAAAUCCGUCUUCCACCACAACAACCCUGGGAGAGAAAAAUAUACUAAAUAAGGUUGUCUUGGCUUAUUAAUUCCUUCUAGCCAAUAUCAACAAUGGCAAUCAGCACACAGAAGAAAGGACCCAAAUCACUAUGUAACUUAAAGAUUUCUGUUAAUUUGAAAGAACAAAUACAGUUAAGAUAGAACUUCAGAUCCUCCAAUCAGGAUGAUUCCUAACAAAUCAGUUGUUUGUGACCCUAGUGGACUCUUUGGUUACUUUAAUUUGCAUAUAGUCUCCAGUUGCAUCAGACUCUCUCUGUGGCCUUGUUCUUCAUUUCAGUGUUAAUCAGCUAAACAGAAGUUGUUGCUUAUGAUGUGUGAGUGAACAUAUGCCACUGCCUGGCCUUUUUUCUUCGGAGCUUGUUGUCUUUUCGCUAUAUUAGACUUUGCAGUAUGCCCAGAAGCUUUCCUUCAUAAAAUAGAAAGAAAAAAACAUUUGGCUUAUUUUUCACUGUAGCUAGUCUUUUAUACAAUAAUCUUGUAAGAAAAUUUCUUGAAUUCUAAAUAUUACUCUUUCUAGAUUUUUGAAAUCGAAAAGUUUUCAGUAAAAAGUUUCUUACUUUAUUUUAUUAUAUUAGGUAGUAAAAAUGUAGGGUUAUUUACCAUAACCUGUUCAUUAAUAUCAGAAAUUUACAAUAGCCUUUUAAGACCAUAGUAGGAUUCUAGCAUACCGUGUAGUACCUAUGGAGUAUUGUAAGAGCUACUUGUCUGAGAUGAAUCGCUUCUCAUCUUGUUCUCCAGUUUCCAUUGUUGGUUUAUUGCAGAUUUGUAUCCUGUGUCAAAUUCAAGGUAUUAUUGAUAAACCUUUUCAACCAGCAGCAAGAAGUUCAAAAUUUUUUUCUGUCACUGUAACAGAAAACACAAUAUGUAUAUAACAUUUAUGUAGCAAUAAAUGUGCCAUCUUUUUUUUAACAUAGUAAACUAGUGAGUUUUUUACAUUCCUCUUUUUCAAGGAAUAAUGUAUUUUGUUUUCAUUUCUCCAUCUCAUUCCUGUCAGAAAUGCUCACCCUGCUUUUCAUACCUGCAUAAUCUAUGUAAUCCGGGAAAUCUUCAGGAAAGAAUCAGGCUUAUGCUAUUUCCACCCUUGCCUUCUGUACUGAGAGCAGCCUUGAGCUUUUUCUGAAGGCCAACCAAACAGCAAUUAGGAAUUAAGGAAAAUCUGAAGAAACUAGAAAAAGACCCAAAUGAGGCUUUUUUAGUUAAUGUUCUUCAAAGCACUUUCAUUUGUUAAAUGUCCCUUUUCUCACACACAAAACAAAGCGAUCUGUCAUAAUUAGGGAUUGGUAUUAGUGUUUUCAGAUUAAUAGUUCUCUUUUCACCCCACUUUUCACCAUGGAAACAGCACAGUGAUUUCCCAUGGGGACUUCAGGUCACACAAGGGUCCAGACUGGACAGUGACUUUGCUGUAGCGCCUGUGCAUGAAGAACCCGUAGUCAGAGCACUUCUCUUGGGAUCUCUUGUUGAAUUAUGAAAUCCACUGUUGAUCACACUGAGGAGAAAACAGAUCAUUUUCUUAUAGGGUUUGAUGAAAAUAAACUUUUUAGUUUGAUUUUAUGAAAGAUGAUGAACUAAACUGAAAACUGCCAAAGAAGAAAAUAUAUUUGAACUGAACUGAAAUCUAGAGAUCAUUAAGUUCAUCCACCUCAUUAAUAGAUUUAUAGAAACCGAGAGAGCCAACAUUGUGAGGUAACAGGUAAAGCUGCCUCCUGUGACACUGGCAUCCCAAAUAGGUACUGGUUCAAGUCCCAGCUGCUCUAUUUCCAAUCCAGCUCCCUGCUAAUGGCUUGGGAAAAGCAGCAGAAGAUGACCCAUGAGGGAGACCCGGAUGAAGCUCUUGGCUUCAGCCUGGCCCAGCCCUGGCUGUUGUGGCCAUCUGGGGAGUGAUCCAGGGGAUGGAAGUUCUCUCUCAAUCUCUGUAACUCUUUUAAAUAAAUAAAUAAAUAACUUAGGCCCUAAAAGGUUGUGUAUCUAAGAGCACAAAAGUUGGAAACAGGUGGAGACACUUAAAAAAGUUUUCCCACAAAAACCGCCCUUCCUUUACUUUUUCUUCUUUUCUCAGAUUUCCAGGCCAAUUCUAUUCUGUGGCUUCAUUUUUCUUUACUGUAUUUUUUUUCCUUUUUCAUGUUUCUCUCCUCCAGUUCAUACAUUUUUUUUCCGUGGGCACUCACAUUUUAAAUAUACAUUACAUAGGGUGUACGUGUAUGUGUUAUGGUUAAGAAGUGCUAGCCUCGGCAUCAAAGAGUCCUUUAUUGAAAUCCAAGCACCACAUCUCUUAAACUCCACUUCUCAGAAAACUGGAGAUCCAUAUUAGAAUUGUAUAAGUAUUGAAUGAAACAAUGUAUGGAGAGCAUUAACAUGGUUCCUGUCACAUAAGUACUCAAUAAAUGAUAAUUUUUUAAAUAAAU